AUGUCACAAACCUUAGCUAGCCAAGUAUUUGAAGCUGAUGACCUUUUGUUGCUGGACAACGAAACAUUAAAUGGUAUCAAUAUGUUAAAUGACGAUAAUCAUUUAAUCGAUUACAAGGAUCUAACUGAAAGCUUCAGCAAAUUCACAAAUACAGGUUCAUUUACUGGAAAUAACUAUGGUAUUUCCUCUAAUAGUUGUAGUAAUACUACAUCGCCAAGUGUUAUAGACAAAAUAAGUAGUAAUAAUGAUUCUAUUUCUACUGCUGAUAGUUCAACUACUAUGACCCCAGUAGGGUUUUCUACUAAGAAUAAUAAAGUUGAUUUAAACUUUAGUGAAUUUAUUGAUACAUUGGAUCAAAGUGAUUUUAAUGUAAAUAAAUUCUCAUAUGAAGAUAACUCUGUUACAUCAAACGAUAAGUCAAGUAAGUUUGCUAAUCAAGUAGAAAACUUAUUUAAUGAAUACGAGUUUGUACUCAAUGAUAGAUUUGAAGAUACUGGCUCUGGUUCUCCACUAUAUGACAGAAGAAACAGUGAAGUAGUUUCAAAUAUCAAUCAGAAUUCUAACAAGUAUACCAGAGGUUCUAUUUCUUACAACGUUGAUACGUGGAAUUUUGAUUCAUUGAAUUCUGUUCCUGAAAGAUCAUCCGACCCAUCUAGUAAUACUUACAACGGUAACAUGAACAAUACUUUUCUUUCACAACCUUUGCAAAGCGAAGUCUCUCAAGUUUUAAACAACUUCGCUUUGAACUUUGGUUCAAAUAACAAAGCAACUAUCAAUAGUAACAGAUUUUCAUUACCGGUAAUCGAAGAUUCUGUUAGCUUUAGUACUGAUAGCCCAUUUUCUUUCAAUGAACUAUUUGAUAAGGAUAACUUCAAUCCAUCAAACUUACAAUUUAAUCAAAAACCAAAUAAUGUCAUUGCUGGUCAAAGAAGAAAAUCGUGUGUUUCACCAACUUCACCACAAUCUGGUAACUCUACAAUUGCUACUUCCAGUCGUCAUAACAGUAUUGUAGGGAAUAAUAGCCAAUUUGUCGACCAAUACGUCGUUCCAUCUUUAACUGCAUCUCCAGCCGCAAGAUUAGCUGCUAGCAAUGUUGUAUUAGAAUCAAACAGAAGAGCAUCCACCAACUCUGUCAAGACAAGGAUGAAUGCUAAAUCAAGAAGAAGAAAGUCAUCAGCUAAAGCCAACAACAGUGAGGUUUCAAAGAUACUAUCUCAAAACUCUGUUUCAAACAUUGUUAAGAAUUUAACUGCAUCAAAGAGAAAUAGUUCUAUAUCGAUAAACUCUAAUGAUGAAAUCGAAAAGCCAUUCAAGUGUGGUGAUUGUACAAAACAAUUCAGAAGAAGUGAACAUUUGAAGAGGCAUAUAAGAUCUGUGCAUUCUAAGGAACGUCCUUUCCCUUGUAAAUACUGUGAUAAGAAGUUUAGUAGAAGUGAUAAUUUAUCACAGCAUCUAAAGACACAUAAGAAACAUGGCGAUUUCUAA